AUGUAUAGCGUCUAUGCAGAUAAGAUUCGUGUUUUACAUGAUGAUGAUAUAAAUGCUGUGCAAUAUUUAUAUGGGGCUAAAAGUAAAUACGCUCCAAUCCCAAAGUUCACAAACAUGCAUAUACCAACAAAUAUCUCAACAACCACAAUACUACCACCUUCUAGUAGGCAGUCAAUCCACCCGCACCAUACAACGCCACAUUUAACAUCAACUACAACCAUGAGACCAGCACCUCCUAGGCAGUCAAUCCACCCACACCAUACAACGCUGCAUACGCCAUCAAGUACAACGACAAGACCUACGACUCGUAAACAGCUGAUCUUCAAAAAUUUGUGUGAUAUUAUUCCAGAUUUUAUGUUUCUAUCCACUGCUCCAGAGUUCUCAAAUUAUCGAUUAUAUAUUGCUCAUAACAAAUUUAUAUGGAAACUAGACUUGAAUGGAAUGAUUAUUCCAUCUCAACCAGAACUUCUUAUCGAUUAUGUACCUACAGAAUUACGUCAGUACACUUUACAACACAUUUUUCAAACAACAAGCGGUGAUUUGCUUACAAUUGUGUCUCCCAACAAAUAUUUCUCAGCAUCAUUCCCUAGUAUUCAAUAUAUUGAUAAUUUUUUACUUAAUAUACCUAAUAAAGCGCGCAUCAAUGCUAUUUUUCAAUCAAAUGCAGGGCGAUCCUAUACUUUUUAUAAUAAUAUGUCAUAUAUAGAAUUUUCUAAUGAUUUUAUGACUGAGAGUGGUAGAGGUAAAAUAAAAGACCUAUUUCCUGGUAUACCUGAAGAUAUUUCUCUCGCAUUCCGAUGGACUGAUGGCCAUAUUUACUUUUUCCGUCGAAGUAAUUACUAUAAAUUUAAUGAAUUUACAAGAAAAGUUGUCGCAGGUGGACAAUUUAGUUGGAAUCUAUUUGAAGUGCCUUGUCCAAACGAAAAUAUUUUAUAUCAAUUAAAGACUCUGCUAUCUAAACUUACAUCUAUACAUAGUUAA